AUGGCCUCUCUCCUCAACCUCUCCUUGCUGUGCCUGGCGGCAUCGGGCCCUGCUUUUGCCAGCCCUGCUCGCCUGGCUAGAGCAGAAUCGACCGUCACGGUCACUCAGACCGUCGAGGCUCCAUCCCCGACUUCCACAGCCUGGAACGCAGGAGCUGUGACUGAGUAUCCCAUUCACUCGUCGUGCAACCACACUGAAAGGGCCCAGAUCAAGCGUGGGCUCAAGGAAGCCAUCAUUCUCGCCCAGCAUGCCAAGGACCACAUCCUCCGCUGGGGCAACUCUUCGGAGCUCUACCAGAAGUACUUUGGCGCUGCUCCUUCCGGCGAGGCCAUCGGAUGGUUCGACAAGAUUGUCAAUGUAGACAAGGCCGGUAUCCUCUUCCGCUGUGACAAUCCUGACGGGAAUUGCGCCAACGAAGGAUGGGCUGGCCACUGGCGUGGUGCGAAUGCCACCGACGAGACCGUCAUCUGCCCGCUCUCUUACGAGACCCGCCGCCCAUUAGUAGCCAUGUGCGGGCUGGGUUAUACCGUCGCAAACUCCGAGACGAACAUCUAUUGGGCCUCCGACCUCGUGCACCGGCUCUUCCACGUUCCCAAAAUCGGUGAAGGUGUCGUCGAGCACUAUGCUGAUGGCUAUGAAGGGGCUCUCGAGCUGGCCAAGACGAAGCCCGAGGAGACUGUGAGGAAUAGCGAGACUCUGCAGUAUUUCGCGCUGGAGGCUUAUGCUUUUGACAUCGCUGUGCCCGGCGAGGGGUGCUUGGGAAAGGUCGAUCCGAAGCCGAGGACUUCCGAGGCUCCUGCGACCGAGACUCCUACUCCGACUGCGACGGCUUUGCAAGCUCCAUCAGCGACUUCUGAUGCGCCCAAGGAAUGUCACACUCACUCUGACGGUGUCGUUCACUGCGAUUAA